AUGGAGCCCGAUGGCGCGCAGACCACAAAUCAGACGCAAACAGAAUCUUUAUCUUCAUCGCCCAACACUGUGUCACCAGUGCCAUUAAAUAAUCUGACCAGUGCUCCAAGGUUUGGAACAGUUACUCCAAAUCGCAUCUUUGUAGGAGGAAUUGAUUUUAAGACUAAUGAAAAUGAUCUGAGGAAGUUUUUUGCUCAGUAUGGCAGUGUGAAAGAAGUGAAGAUAGUAAAUGACAGAGCUGGAGUAUCAAAGGGGUAUGGCUUUGUUACUUUUGAAACCCAAGAAGAUGCACAAAAAAUUUUACAAGAGGCUAAAAAACUUAAUUACAAGGAUAAGAAAUUGAAUAUUGGUCCAGCAAUAAGAAAACAACAAAUACGGAGUCCUCGUUCUACUGUAAUACCAGAAGCUGGUACAAUGUACUUAACUACUUCAAGUGGAUAUCCUUAUAUAUACCAUAAUGGAGUGGCUUAUUUUCAUACAUCUGAAGCUGCUUCUGUUCCACAGCCAUGGCCAUCACGCUCUGUUUCCAGUUCACCUAUGAUGGUAGCUCAACCGAUUUAUCAGUCUCCUACAUAUCACUAUCAGGUGCCAACACAGUGUCUGCCAAGUCAAUGGCAGUGGUCUGUUCCACAGUCUCCUGCCUCUUCACCUUCAUUCUUGUAUCUGCAACCAUCUGAAGUAAUUUACCAGCCAAUAGGGAUUACCCAGGAAAGUGGCUGUAUACCUCCUCCUCUCCUAGUGGAAGCUGCAGUUCCUGAGCUGUAUUCUGAUCAUGGAGUUCAAGCACCACAUCACCAGCCUUACACCCAGAGUGCCAUGGCCAUGCCUGCACCUACACUAUGGAGCAUUCACUAUUAAGCCAUUUGGGCAGCUCUAGUCUACCUGUACUGAUUUUCUUGUCCAGUCCUUCCCAUGAGGCUGAGAUCCAUCAUCAACAUACCAGCUAGCAGCUGCCUGUUGUGAAACUUGGGGAACCGAGGUUGCAUUCUGUGAGAAGAAAUUUUUCAUUUCAUUCAUCCGUGAGUCUGAAACCUCAAUAUACACGAAGUCCCCAUUUUCAUCCUAGAAAAGAUUACAGAAUGGAAGAUAAAAUUCUUAUGCCACCUUCUACAGAUUCUGUAAAACAGAUUUUUUUUAUCUAUUUUACUAACAUACCUAUUACGUGGAGGAUAUGUUCUUCCUAACUUCUAACAUUUGUCUGAAAAUGCCUAAGUUAAAUACCACUCCUUUUUGUAAAGAAAUAAAAUGAAAUUUUGUAGUUUGGAUGGGUAAAAACACAUGAAACCAUGACUUUUUCCUGCAUUUCCUUUCUUAAUAAAAAUACUGUUACAGGACAGAAUGGUGAUUUCUGAUACACAGCCUACUAUUAAAUUUUGGUUAGUAAAAUAGCAUAGAUUGAAAAUCAGCAUACUUUUAUUAAAGGGAACACUUAACAUUUAAUUUCUGGAUUACAUAAAUGUAAAAGAUCCAUUACUUACAAAGCAAAAACCACUUUCCCUCAUACUGACAGCAUUUAUAUGCUGUGGAGUAAAAUCUGGUUAUUUAAGUCUAUGUGCAUUUUGUUUCAAUUCCAAAAGUUUGUCUAGUUUUAAUUUUUUUGCCAUCAGUAUUCUCUGGUUUUAUAAGAUGUUUUACUUAUGUGUCAUUUUAGUCCUUGGGAAUAAUAACUUCUUAAAAAUUUUGGACUACCACAUUACAAAAUUAUUUAUCCUCAUAUGAGUCUGACAUUUUUCUUGUGUAUGAUAAGCAAUUAAAUUUGGUUUUAUGGUAUGUGUUUAGCUAUAGAAAAAGGCAAGAAUUGACUUCUUACCAUUAUAAGACCAUUGAAAACUCCUCCUUUGACUUUUUCUGUUGUCUGUGCAAAACUUAGGAACUCAUUGGCAGUAUCACAAGUUGAGAUGAAAUACUACUUUCUCCUCAACUGCAGGGAGAUAACUUUCUUUUUUUCCUUGCUUCUACUCUCACCCACUGGGAUUCUUUCUGUGUUUAAGUCAGAUUCCUCAAAGGUUAAAACACAGCCUCUGUAGCUAAUAGGAGUGCAAGCCAUGGCUUAUUGCUUAUGCAGCACUGAGGUCUUUGUUUUAUGUAUGUAAAAUAUCUUUGAGCUUUUCAAUUUUUUUAUCUGCUAUGUAGUAAUUUGGGGGGUUUCCUUUUGUGGCUUUGUGGUUGGUUGUUUUUUUUCUUUUAAUCAUUUAGGGAUCUUAAUAGAGUGGGCAUUGUAGUCAGUAAAUAAUCCAUGCAUAAUAUGGAAAUAUAUUUAAAGAUGAUUCUAGCAGUCAACAGCAUUCUUUCAUACUGUGCAGAAAGAGAGGUGGAGUCUGGUUCUGUUCGUAUGCUGUUUUGAAGUUGUGAAAGGAGCUGCUGUGUACUAUGUCUUGGUUGCAAGUUUCAAAUGACUUUCCACUUUUGCUAGGUAGAAAAAUUUACACAAAAUAUAAUUUAAUAGUUUCUGUUUUUAAAAACUUACCAUAGCAACUGUGGGGGUUUGUUUUACCAAUAAGUACUAAAAAAGAUACACAAUUCGUUGGAUACAUGGGGAUCUCAGCCUGAUUUUGAGGAGGAAAAUACUCAUCUGCUGCAGACUGCCACAUUUCCAAGCCAAUCUGUACCACUAAAAACAUCUGUCCAGUUGUUCUUCUGUUUGAUUUUUAGAUUUUUAGAAUCCAUCUAUAUAAAUAUAUUACAGAACUGUUGGCACAUCCUAACAAUAACUUAUUUCCAUGGAAGAACUUUUACAUAGUAAAUAUUUUUUUAAUGAAGUGGUGUUUCUGAAGGUGCCAAAGAAAGGCUGUGUGUUCUUAGAGCCUUAUUUCUUGUAUCAUGAAAGAAAUAUGCAUUUUACCCAAUAUUCAGAAGACUUAGUCCCAAGUCCGUAUUUUUGGAACUCCCAGUUUGUUUACCAAACAUGACUUCCCUGUUUUUAAAAUGCUUUAGAAAUCCAAGAAGUAAAAUUUUACAGCAAGUACUAGAUUAAAAAAAAAAAGUGCUUGCAGGGAAGUUGUUUAACCUAAUUGCUUGAAAGUGUACAAAUACUGUGCAGUCAUUUGUGUCUUCAAAUUGUGGCUCUAGUCCAGAUACUCACAAAAUGUAGUUUUUCCCAUUAAUUGGUACAGAUGUUGCAUUUUUGAUAAUGAGUUGAUCCCGUGGCCUUUGCUUCAAAGAACAUAUAUACUUUGCUUUUACUUCCAUAUGAACUUGAUCAUUUGGAGGGAUAUUCAGCAUUGGGCACAGAAGUAUACCUUCACUGUUCUGCUGUGGGGCCCAUGACAGUAGUCUGGAGGUACUGGUGGUUAAGAUUGUAUCGCCAGGUCUUAACAAUGCUUCAUUUUUGAUUUGAGAGACCUAGAAGAGACCAAGAUGAAGCUCUGAAUGUUGGCUUUCUCCAGGAACUGCAGGUUGCUGUUGAAAUACUGAGGGCUCAUCUUUCUUCAGAAUACUUGCCAAGAAUGAUGGCAUAACAUCAAUCAGUAAUAACUGAACCUUUAAGCUUCCAGUAGUUGAAUCCUUCUGUAGACACAGUUGAGGCACAGUAACUGACUUCUGUAAUUUUGUUACAGGGAUACACAAAUGAUAUGUGCUGAGAAAGAACUACAUCAUUUCCUCAGGUAGUGCUUAAAAUUGUGUUAUCUUGACUUUUUAAAUCUCUUACAUUACACAGUAUUAUUCUUCUGCAACUUAGGAAUUUCCAUAAUGUGGAAAUUCCUGUGCCUUUAUACAGAAGUCAUUUAGCUAACUGCAGAUACUAAGAUCCCGAUCCCUCACGGAUUUUGGGAGCUGGAGAAGGAUAACGUUCUCUCUGGUCUUCUGUGAUUUCCCAUUGAUAUUUGUAAGGCUUUACACACAUGCUAGGAGGGAACACAUCAGAUUAUGACUGUGCCCUAUGGAUAUUCAGUAGCUCAUGGCAAAUAUUCAUCUUUGUCUUGUCACAUUCAUGUAUUAGCAAAUGAAUUUUCUGGGUUCUAUCCCCUAGAAUUUAGAGGCCUGCUGGUAUCUCUUGUUUUCUACUGAGCUAGUUCUUACAGUAUUUCUAGCAACUGUUGUCUAUUUAACAUUAUAUUUAUAUGGUAAAAUGUUGGUUCUAACAUUCUCUGUUAGAUAACACUGGAAAAAAACCUGUAGACAGGCUGAAAAGUUAACAAAGUUCUCUCUCCUGUAUUUUUCUGUGUUUGAUCAAGGACUGUUUUCUUGCAUUAAGUAGAAUUCUCUAGUUCAGUAACACUUUUGGUUCCUGCUACUUUUAAGCAUCAAAAGUCCAUUUGUUAUCCCUGAAAAACUGUUUACACUCUUCAUAUUAAAUUGGCAAUUCUCUGUGUUCUGAAAUUCAUUUUUCAAAAUAGAUAAUACUGUCAGUAAGCAAACUGCAUUACAAUAGUAACUGAGAAAAAACUAGCAGAACACAUGGCUCUGAAAUGUUUUUUUUCUCUUUAACAUAGUUCUAAAAUGUGAGAAGUUGUGUGGUUGUAAAAUAGAUUUUUACAGUAAAAAUUAUAAUAAAAUACGUUUGUGGCUUUGUAAUGUUGAAGUACUAUGGUAGUUUUAUUUCACCCGGUAUAGAAGUUUCUUAUGUUUCCUAUUUAAGUAAAAAAUACACAGUUUAAAUUAGUAUUUUAAGGAUCCAAAAUAUAAUGCAAAUGUUUUCAUACACUUGUGCAAUCCUAAAUGCAAAUCCUUGUAUGCUGUUAUGCAGAAAAUCCAAAUAGAAAUACAGAAAGCAGAACAGAAAUAUGUAGUUCUCAUUUUAAUAAUGUAGGUAAGAUGCAAUGGGAAAGCAUAGGUCUUGUAAGGCCUUAAACUUUUUGAGUCACAACAAAGAAGUAUUGAAUCUGUAAUUUUGAGGGCCAUGGAUGGUCAUUUUGUACCUAUCUUGGUGGAGCUGUAGUCUACAUGUGCUUACAUCAAAGGUAAACAGAGUACCAUUCAUAUUUCCAGUUGUUUUUAAUCAGAACAUCCAGUUUAAUUCUAGAAUGCGGGAUUUUAGUUGAUCACAUGGCUGUGUUUGAUACUGUAUUGCAGAUACAGAUGAUCGAGUUACUGCAGCCUUGAUAAGUGAGAUACUGCGGAUGUGCGUAGAUAAAAACUUAAUAGAUUUCUAGAUCUCAUUUUAGAGAACUGUUAGCAAUUUUAUAGAUCAAAAGCUCUUUCUGUUGAAACUAUAUGUAAUACAGCAAUAAUAAACAAGUUUCUGUACUUUAACUUCUAGUAAAGUUCUGGGUUGGUAACUAAAAAUUUAAUUCAAAUUGGUCCCUAUCUACUGUUUGGAUUGUAACUUCUGUUUGUUUAAUUGUAGUAUUGAUG